AUUGAUCCCUGAUGGAAUUGUCAUUGGUUAGAGGGAAGGCUGAGGGGUCCUGAAAGUUCAGCCCCUAACCUUUUAUCCUACCCCCCACUCAUACACUAGUGUGUGGAUGUGUCAGGGCACUGAGGAUGUAGUGACGCUGUAUUUCUGAAUUAUGCACACACCUCUUGUAAAGACUGGCUUUCCUGCAGCUUCUCUCAUCUCUGGUACCUUAUUAGACCUGGAUGCAUACCCUUCCUCUUGGUUUAUAAUAUAACCCAUCCAUUACUGUAUCUCUCCAACGCUGUAAGCCUCUCUCUUUGUGAACACCACCAGCUAUACAGAGGCUUAAUUAAUGCAUUCCAACAGACUUUAAUCAUGGAUCUUCAGCAUCCAAGCAGAACCAUGUGGUGAUUUAUAAAAGUCUCAUAAAAGGAGAGUCAGGAAAGGGUGUCUUUCUAACUUAUUAAGCAAUGUUCCAACUGCUGAUAACAUUCGGUGUGUGGCUCUUCCUGACUGGGACAGUUUGCAUAGACACUACAGGUUCUGAAGAUGCUGCUAAGACUCUACAUAUACACAGACACCAGCGGGACAUGGUGCGGUGCUCACUAGCUCAAUCAGUGGCUCUCCCUUGCCUCUUUCUCCUACAUCCCUCCCACCCACCACAACAACCAAAUGAUACCUCAGAGUCACCACGUAUUAAGUGGAGUCGACUACAGCCCGGAAUAGGGCAGAAAGAGGUGCCUGUCUUGGUAGCCCGGGAUAAUGUAGUAAAGGUGGCUCGUGGCUAUGAAGGAAGAGUGUCCCUGCCUGGAUAUCCACACAAUCGUUAUAAUGCCACCUUAGUCCUUUCCUCAGCUCGUGUCAGUGACUCUGGAGUUUAUCGCUGUGAAGUGAUAUAUGGCAUUGAUGAUGAACAAGAUACAGUGCCACUGGAAGUGACUGGUCUGGUCUUCCAUUACCGGGCAGCUAGUAACCGUUACGCUCUGACAUUCCCUGAGGCUGUGCGCUCUUGUCAGGAGAACUCUGGUGUCAUUGCAAGCCCCGAGCAGCUGCAGGCUGCGUUUGAGGAUGGCUUGGACAACUGUGAUGCAGGCUGGCUCUCAGAUCAUUCAGUGAGGUAUCCAAUCAAAACUCCUAGGCCUGGUUGCUAUGGAGACCGGAACAACCUCCCUGGUGUCAGGACCUAUGGAGAACGUGAUCUGCAGGAAACCUACGAUGUCUAUUGUUACACAGAGGGACCCCAGGGUGAUGUCUAUUAUGUUCCUGAGAAGAGCACCUUGUUAGAGGCCAGCAAUUCAUGUCUUCGAGAUGGAGGGAUGCUGGCUAAAGUGGGACAGCUUUACUCAGCCUGGAGAAAGGGCAUGGACCAAUGUGACCCAGGCUGGCUAGCAGACAAUAGUGUGCGCUAUCCUAUUAGAAACCCAAGGAGGAACUGUGGUGGCGAGGAGCCUGGAGUGAGAACUCUGUACCAGUAUCCAAACCGAACAGGAUUCCCCAAUCCUACUAGGAAGUUUGGGGCCUAUUGCUUUGAAGCUCUUCAAGCAACAGCCCCCACCCUACUGGGAAAUAAACAACAAGGACCAGCCUUCAUGCUGCAAGAAGACCGCAGGCUGAUAAAUCCAGAGCUUCAAAGUCAAGAGUCAGGGCAGACAAAAGAAUCGGAAUUUAAUAAUGUCUUGCCUUCUACUGACAGUUUAAUAUCUACAACAACACAUGGGUUUUUUCAAAUGGAAGGCAGUUAUCCACGAAUACUUGGAAGCUCAAAAGAAAUUGCAAAAGAGAUCAAUGUUUUGCCUCCAAAGCAGUUCCUUCAGCCUUCGUCCAAAGAAGAGCAGCUACAGACUGUUACCAGAGAACCAAUGGAAGGUGAUCGCUUACUUUCUUUAAGGCCAGAAGCAUUAACUUUCUGGGGAACACAAGAGACGGAAACAAAAACUCAAGAAACAGGAGAGACAAAAUCAUUUAGUGAUCCCUUGAGGGAUAAAUCUAGACAGCCUUCUGCUUCCAGGGUCAGAGAGGAAGACUGGUCCUUAAAUGUAGUGGACAGAGAGUUAAAAUCAAGGGAACACACAUGGAGGGAUUUUCUUGAGCAACCAGUGGCAGAUUCAAAAGAAGAGCUUCCAGGUAUUGACUAUUCUGUGGAUGAGCAAGCCUUAGUAAAUGAACCCAGGCCUUUUCCUGAGGAUGACAGAAACUCUUUGCAUUUAACAUGGAAUUUAGGUGACAAGGAUUCAUUGUUCAAAGAAACAGACACUUUUAAUGAAGCUGCAACAUCAGCCAUACCUGAAACAUCUGAACCUUCAAUAUAUCUUUCUAAAAUGUCUUUACAAAAUAAUAUAACAUCACACCAAUCCAGUCUAUUUAAGGAGCCCGACCAAAGCAGUAAAAUAAGGCUUCCCGGAGAUACAGGCUCAAGUAACCAGAAUAUCCGCGGGCUACAGGAAAAAGAAGAAAAUAUGAAUUAUAAAGAGGAAAAAGGUGAUACACAGAUCCAUUCUGUCUAUGAUAAAAUGCAGAAGAACAAUGUUGAUCUUACUACAGAGGCAUUUCAAAGAUCGGCUCUUCAUACAUCGGAGUCACAAUCUGUUUUUAAUGAAGCUGAUGGCACCACAGGCAAAAAGACAAGGCUGAAUGAACAGCGAGAAGACAAGGAAAUGAACAGCCGGACAUUAUUUGCAACUCAUUCAGAUGCUAAUGAUGAUAAUAAUGAGCCUGGACAGCAAGAAUUUACUGUAAUAUACAGCAAAUAUCCACCAACUACAAUGGACCCAAUGGGCAACGGACAGCUGGAAAUCUACUACAGGGCAAUGCUUGGGGAAAAUCACAUGUCUUCUGUUGACGUUCAAGAUCUUCCACAGGCUGUCACUGUUCCAGGGGUGGAUGGUAAUUCUUUUCAAAGUACUACAAGUUCCAGACUGAAAAAUACUUGGAGAAACCCAGAAAACAUGAGCAAGAACUCUUUUGUUGAUGAAAAGGCACAAAAUGGUGGUUAUGGUGGAACUGAGAAAAUGAUUGUUAAUAAUACAUCCAAAACUGAGAUUCUGCCAACAACAGAAAAUAUUGAGAGUUUUUCUGGAGAUUCAAAGGAAAAAGAUGAGAAUAGCCUGCUUAACCAAUCAUUACCCAAACCUUCUGUUGUAACCCAGAUCUCUGAUGACUUUUAUUUCCCAACUGUAGACCAUCCCAAUAUUGAAGCAAAAUCCAUUAUAAGGGACAGAGCAAUUAAGCCACAUGAGAAUGGGGAGCAAUAUCCUAGUUUCCAAGAAAGACAAGGCAAAGAAAGGACCUUCUCUGCUAAGCUGGCAUCCACUUUCAAAAAAAUAAUGGCUCAAUUAGAAACAAAGGAGGUUAUCUCUAAGGAGCUUAAUGUCUCAGAUGCAAGUAUUACUGACAGUGCCUUUAGGAAACAGGAACCUGGCAUGCUAAACACAGUGCAUCCGCCUGAUAAUGACAGCUAUCCCCCAGAGGAAAAAGUGAAAACAGCAGAAAUGACAACUCAGUAUUUGAUCAACAUGAAUAGUAUACAGAACACUGAGUCAGAAGGAUGGAGAAUAGAUAAAGCCUUGUCAAAGCCAUCAUUUCCAUUCACUACAGACAUGACAAUGAACUCAGAUAACCUACAGAAACUUACACCCACUACAGAGAGAGUGGAACUUAUUAUGGCCACUGUAAACCCUAGAAACGAGAAAGCUGUUGCUUAUAAUUUGCUUGAUCAUCAAACUUCUGUCAGUGCUUUACAGCUCAGCCCAGACAGGGGCCAGAAUAAUUCAGAAUUUACAAAUCAGACAAAACCAAUCUCGACACAAGAUUCCAAUAAUACAGUUGCAGCUGAUGAGUAUAUACAAGAGUUAGUAGACAAGACACAUAGCUUGAGUACAGCUGCAGAGAACACCAUUAAGCUUGCACAGACAACUAGUGACUCAUUUCCUAGAGUAAUUACUGAGAGAAACAACUUGGAGGAAGAUGCUUUUGGAACACCAAUUUCUCCUACUAUUGUUUGGUCAAAUACAACACCAUUAGAAUCUGCUGGGUGGUCAUCGAUACUAAAUAAUAAAUACAGUAAGCAAACCUCCCCUACAGCUGUACCUUCUGUAGAUGAAACAGACCACCAUGGGCAUGUUUCCUUGUCACCAUCUCAGAAAGAGGACUAUUCCACCUUAGACUCACUAUUAGGGUACCUAGGAAACACAGAAGCACCUGAAAUAGAAGAGGCAUCAUUUCAUGAAAAAGACUUGGGAAGUGGAUUAGAUGAAGAUAGUUCCCUAUGGAUGAUUGAAGAUCACACAAGCACACAAGGUGAACCUCAACCUUGCUCACAUAACCCUUGCUUGCACAUGGGAACCUGCCAGUCCAAUGGCAGCACAUAUAGCUGUAUCUGUCACAAAGGCUAUUCUGGGGAAAACUGUGAAAUUGAUAUUGAUGAAUGUCUGUCCAACCCCUGCCAGAAUGGAGGCACCUGCAUUGAUGAAAUCAACUCUUUCUUGUGUUUGUGUCUGUCAAGCUAUGGAGGAAGCACAUGUGGGAAAGAUACAGAGGGUUGCGACCAUAACUGGCACAAGUUCCAGGGCUCCUGCUAUCAAUAUUUUCCCAAGCGGAGGCCUUGGGAGGAGGCGGAGAGAGACUGUCGCCGCCGGGCCGGACACCUCACUAGCAUUCAUUCACCCGAGGAGCAAACCUUCAUCAACAGUUUUGGUCAUGAAAAUACAUGGAUUGGAUUGAAUGACAGGACAGUGGAGCAGGAUUUCCAAUGGACAGACAAUACUGCUUUGCAAUAUGAGAACUGGAAGAAUCAGCAGCCUGAUAAUUUCUUUUCUGGUGGAGAAGACUGCGUGGUUAUGGUUUCACACGAGGAGGGAAAGUGGAAUGAUGUACCUUGUAACUACAACUUACCUUAUAUCUGCAAGAAAGGGACUGUCCUCUGUAAUUCCCCUCCUGAGGUAAAAAAUGCUCAUCUUAUUGGCAAAAGGAGAGAGAAAUACAGCAUUCACUCUACUGUGAGAUAUCAGUGCCAGGACGGCUUCAUCCAAAGGCACAUCCCUACAAUCAGAUGUCAUCGCAAUGGGAGGUGGGACCGACCAAGGAUCCAGUGUGUGAAGCCCAGAAGACAUCAUAGGGCACGGAGGCACCAUCAUCAACAUGGACAUCACCUACACAAGCAACAUCAUCACCACAAACACAAUCACCACCAUAAUCAUCAUCACCAUCACCAACACAAAUCCCACCGAGAAAGGAGGAAAGAAGAUCGUCACCAACACGGAAAUAAGAAGGACAUUUAUUAUUAUUGACCUUCCCUUGUUCCUGAAUAACUACAUUCCACCUACUACUGACAAACCCAGUAAUUCUGAAGAUACAUUCUAUGCUGGGUACAAUGCUCAGUGCUUUCCAAGCAGAAGGUGUAUUAAUAUUCACAUCUAUUAAAUGUAAGGUUUUCAAUGCUUAAACGUCUGGGUUGUAAAUCAGCACCACAAUUAUGAUGGGGAAACAAAACCAUCAAUCUCCCAAAUAGAUUUGGUGUUGCCUUUAUGUGUAGUCUUGCUCCUGGUAGAAAAAAAUCUCUUUCCAAAAGACUUCUGGGAAAAAUGUAAAACUGGGCCAUUAAUUGGUAAAUAGUUUUGUAAAAUGUGGGCUGCCAAAAAAAUAAAAACAGUGCCCCUAUGUGGACUUGUCAGUAGCAAAUAUUUCAUUUGGGCUUUUUAUGUAAAAAAAUAAGAAAUUAAACCAGUACAUUCUCAGCAUAAACAUGUACUUCUGGGAAUCACAGAACACUUGGCCAUUUUAGGCAGUCAGUUUGUGUUUGUAAAGUAUAAAACAAAAAGUUGUCAGUUCAAAAACAAUCUUGAACCAGCACAGUUGUCGUCAGUGAUUUAAAUGAUCAGUAAUAGUACAAGGUUAUCGAUUGAUUCACAUUUCAAUAAAUAUGGGAAUGGUAUUCCUAAUCUAUGGAAUGCUUUGUAAUAGGUUGUAAUCCUGUAGAGUAUGCUCAUGCUAUUGAAAAAUGACAGCAGUCAGUGUAACACAGCACUAGUGCAUAAUGUGGGGGUAUAUAUAGUUUAGUAUGACCCACCCAUUCUGAUAUUGGCCUCAGCAAAUCAACAUUAAAAAGAUCUCUUCCUUUUGCUACUUGAUUUAUGGAUGGGUCUUUCUAUUACACAGGAGAAUUUGCUGCUGAAAGUAAAAAAAAAAAUUUGCACAUAUCACACAAAAAAAGUUGUGUGUGCAAAAUUGUCUCUAAAUGGGCCCAUAAAAAGUCCAUAGAAGGGUUGCCUAUGAGCAAUGUACUGUAGUAUGUUCAUACUCAACAUCAUUGUAUUACUGCAGCUCCCAUGCUGUAUUUAUGACAAUGUAAGUAAGGUUUAUAAAGGGAAUGUAAUGGUGGGAGGGGACACGCAUCUCUAGUUUUGCUAUUAUUUGGUAAAAUAUGUAGUGUUGUUUUGUGGUAGGAAUUUUAAUGCCCUGUCCCUUGCUUAUCCCUAGUAUAAUAAUUUAUUUAAGUUGUGUGAGCGUGUGUUUGCUUCACUACAAGUGAUCUCAGUGUAAGGGUAAGAAAGAAUGCGAGAACGCAUCAACUUAAUCCAGUGCCGCUGGUAAUUGCAUCGGAACUUGUUAGUACUUUUAGAAAUACUUGGCCAAUUAAAUCAAAGAGGCUACUGCUUUGCAAAUAUAUUUGAUCAUUCAACACUAAUACAAGUGAAAAGCAGUAGCACUGCUCUUUUUUGGUGUGAAAGCUAUUUUCUCAGUGUCACAAUAAGUUUACCCCAAGCACUCAUUCUACAUCUUUCAGCGAUCAGAUGCUGUAUAUCUGCAAAAUAUAUACAAAACAGACCCUUAAUCUUUUAUUGUCCUUGUAACGCUUCCCCUUAAUUCUAUGUGUAUAGUCAUCUACUUCUGUUUUCUACUGCUCCUUCCACUGCUACAAAAUGUACAGUAUUUGUAUAAUUACUUGGGCAAAGUUCACAUUCUCCUAGGAUAUAAUACUUUAUGUUCUUUGUUACACUAAAGGCAACACACAAGAAAUUUUCAGGUUAUUCCCUAUUUAUGUUUUCAAAGUGUCUGUUAAAAGCUUCUAAUGUGAUAAAGUUUGCAGUAGUGUCUUGCAAUAGUAAUAGUGUGCGUUUAUGUUAGUUGUUCUAUAGGAAAUUCCAUUUAAUGGAACUGUAGAUCAUAGGUUGUCCAGGAAUAUUGCUUCUGGCAUGGGAUUCUAAAGUUAAGUUCAAAGUAAUUGCACUUAGGUCUAAAUUAUAUUAUUAUUAUAAGGGAUGGAAUUAUUUUAAGUACAGGCUGAAACUAAUAUAAUUAUCUUUAAUUGGCACGUGUGAAUUUCUACAUUAACUGAUACAUACAUACCAUAUUUCUAAUUAUGUGAAAAGUAAUUUAUGUUAGCAUAACCGUCUUAAAUCUCACAUGAAAAUGUAAAUCGUGACUAUGCUAGAAAAAAUAGAUAUAUAUUAGUUAUCAGUAAUGUUUUGUUUCUUUUGUUCCAAACUGCCAGUAAACUAUGAUAUCAACGUA